AUGGACACUGUGAAGGGGUGGACGAGGGCCACCGUGGUGGCGUUCAUCGCCUUGGCAGCCUCGGAGUUUGAUGUCAAUGACGAAGGCCACAUGGCUAUGCUGCAGCCCUUUGACAAAGUCCUGGACCGUGCGUGGCUGAUACCUAUGCACUUGUCCCUCGGGAUGAGCAAGGAUGCCCAAAGCUUCAGGAAUCUGAGCUUGUCAUUCAGGGAAACUCAAGCCCCUUCGGUGCUCCAGAUGGCAUUGAGGUUCAGUGCCAUCAUGGACCGUCAGGCGGCUGCAGGCAUGACGGGCACGACUGAGAUUCGGCUGAAGCGGGUGAUUGGUGAGUUCAAUGCCUCUCCGGGUCUCCACAGCAAGCACCAACUAGAUCAAGACCGGGAACGGACCAUUCUCAAUCUCAUUGUUGGCUCCAGCAAGGAAGCCAGAGAGAUCAUGACCAAUCAUCUGGCAUUCACGAAGUGGCGUGAUUCAGCAUUUUCGGCAGAGCAGCUGAAAUCCACCCGAUGGCUUUUGAACGCAAAGCCAAAGAAUGUUCCGGAGAACAUGCGUGAUCUGUUGACAGUGACUCCGCAAGCGCAGGUUAUGCUCAUGCAGCUGCGCAUCCAUGUGUUCACCGCGGCUACAAGGCGCUUGAAAGGAUCUGCCAAGAACAGAGCUCGCGCGAGUGUGGAAGAAUUCGAGAAGCUGGUUGAUUUUGCUUGCAUCUUUUCCCAACUUCGGCUGGAAGCCAAGAAGGUGUCUUCAGAUUCUGGUGUUGAUGCCAAGUUGAUGGAAGCAUUUCUGGCCAAGGAUUACUUCUCUGAUGUGGAGGCUUGCGUCACCAGCAAGAAUGCGAACUUUCGGCUGACCAGUUUGACUGUCUGGGAAGACAUUGUCCAACCUCCUGCUUUGCCGGCGUGUCUUCGUGAAGAAGACUCCGCAGAUGCAUUGGCUGCGCAGGAGAAAGCUGCCGCAAGCCGCUUCCAUGAAGUGAAGAUCAAACUUGCCAGCGAUUGCACUGCUAUGGCGACCUACAACAGUGAGAAGACCAAGAAUGCUUCGAAGGUUCAUGUCCUGAAGGUGCCAGUUGACAAAGUGGACCUCAUUGGGUGGGUCGAUUUGACAAAGCUCGGUGUGGUGACCCAAAAGGACAUCAACAAGAUUGGCACUUGGUGUGAGAAGGUGCUCGCCAAAAACCAGCUAGGCUCCUGUGUGGUGAUGGCCUUGCCUUUGCUGACAAGCACGCAGGGAUGUGGCGCUCUCCGAAAUGAUGUGCGGAAGCUUGAAGACAAACUCGUCUCGCAUUGCAUCGAGUUCCGCCCCUUCUUUGUCACCUUGGAUUUGUCAGACCUGCAUUCCAACCGGGACAUGCCUGCUGGUUUCACGCUUUACCUUUGUGUGGCGGACGCCACACUGCCUGCAAAGGGCACUGCCCAUCGAGCGAAUCGGACUGCUGACAAGGUUGACCGGGAGAAUGUCAACAUCUUUUGCUCUUCGAAGCUUUGGACAUGCCAGCUGGUGUCGGGGCAUCCAAAGGCGAUCCAGGAGCAGGCGUUCGUUGUGCCAGGUGCAGGCACCGGAUCCAUCAGUUCGGCAGAGGGGCGUCGCAACUACACUGAUGUCCAAGAAACUGCCCAGUGGUUGGGUGGGGUGGACUUCCCACUUUGUGUGCUCAAGGAUCUGCUCAACCGUGGCACAGAUCGUCCGGCCAUGGUUGUCAAUGCGACUUUGUAUGAUGGCUGCCUGGAGAAGGCGUGCUUGGAGCUGGGCCUCACAACUGUGAGUCAGACUGACAAACAACCAGCCUUUCAAACUGCUCUGAAUUUGACAAAGAACCAGUUGCUGGAGAUGUGGAAGGCCCGGGAGGGCCCCAUGCGUGAUCGCAUGCCAAAGUACAAAGCGCAAAUGGAUGAGGACGCUACGCCUGCUCCUCCAGAUCAGCCUGAGCUGAAGCUGUGCACUAUUGUGGAGGAUUGCCUGGUGUUGCCUCGAGAUGCACGAAGCGAGUUCUUGUCUGACGCUGUUCGUGCUCCAGAAUGGAGGAAGCUUUUGCAGGAGUUUGACCGCACCUUUGCCACCCCUGCUGCAGAGACAGGUGCCGCUGCCGUUCAACCUGCUCCUCAAGCUGAUUCAACGCCUGCCUUGGAUUGGCCAGCCCUGUUUGCAGAUGAGCCGCGCGAAGCAGCUGACUUUCACGCAAAGUAUGAGCGGUUCAUCGUUGGCAAAUGCGCUUGGUGUCCAGAAGUCCAGGCCUACCUUGUGGACACUUCGGAUGCAAACACUGAGGAGAAGGACAAAAAACUCAUGCUUUUCUUGGAGGGAAAGAACGACUAUGUGAUCCCAUCCUCGGAAGCUUUCCUCACCUAUGGUGCUGGAACAUGGCUGAUGGACGGUAAGGCUCAGCAAUGGCUCGCUGACCAAGAGGAUGGUCCUCACAAGGCUUGCUUGUGUGAGUUCAAGUCGGAUGAAGACCGGGUCUUGCUGGAGGAGAACCAAACUGAUGGCCCAGUGAAGCCUUUACGAGAAGUGAUCCAGCAGCUGGAGACCUCUGGGAUGGUCGACUUUGUGUUGGGUGGGCAUGAAUUCUCCCGUGAUGCUGCUGUCAUGCAAGGCAGAUCUCCUGACAAGUUGGUCGUGAAGAAGAAGGAUGACGGCACCAUGUUGUGGAGACCAAACACGCUUCAAAUGUCGAGCCUUCGUGCCACCAACAUCGCAAGCUUCUUUCCGUCCAAGGUGCUAGACGGGGUGCGGCACUUGUUGCUUGUAUGGCGCCUGAGGGCUUAUCGUCCUGAAAAGACCUUGGGGGCGGCAAAGCCGUUGUGGUUUUUGAGCCACGAGCUCAAUCUGACCAAGGGCAAGGUCCAAAGGAUCAUCUGA